CAUGGCCCGAGCUGUUUGUUUAAUAGGCGGGGCUGUGGUGACGCGCCAAAAAACUGAUGGCACGCGUCGGACGCGGUCCACAACCCAGCACCUUUAAAAGAGUGCAGAGCAGGAACGUGUUUUCUCCUCCCUCCCACAUCACAUCCUCCACACAACAUCACCAAACCCCCUCACGAAAAGGCCUGACUCAAAGCAGCCUUCUUUAAUUCUUGGCCUCACCCAGAGCCUAGACCAACAGGAGACAGACAAGUCACUCCAGUUGCUGUUUGACGAUCCUUCCCCGCACUCCCAUUUCCAUCACCGCCUUUCUUCCGUACCUUGCUCCGACACAUCCGACACCAUGUAUGUCAGAAAGCGCGACGGGCGUCAGGAACGUGUUCAGUUCGACAAAAUCACAGCACGUGUCUCACGUCUCUGCUAUGGCCUUGAUGUGGACCAUGUCGACCCCGUUGCCAUCACCCAGAAGGUCAUCUCUGGUGUGUAUGGUGGUGUGACAACCGCCCAGCUCGAUGAUCUGGCUGCCGAGACUGCCGCAUACAUGACAGUCACCCACCCCGACUACGCCAUUCUCGCUGCCCGUAUUGCCGUCUCCAACCUCCACAAACAAACAAAAAAGCAAUGGUCCUCCGUCGUGAGCGACCUCUACCACUAUGUGAACCCCAAGAAUGAACGGCCGUCUCCCAUGAUUGCCAAGGAGACGUACGAGUGUGUCAUGCGCCACAAGGAGGAGCUCGACUCGGCCAUUGUGUAUGACCGGGACUUCAACUACCAGUACUUCGGCUUCAAGACCUUGGAGCGCUCAUACCUGCUGAAGCUCAACGGCAAGAUCGUCGAGCGGCCACAGCACAUGAUCAUGCGUGUUGCCGUCGGCAUCUGGGGAGACAAUGUGGAGCGCGUCAUCGAGACAUACAACCUCAUGUCCUCCAAGUUCUUCACACACGCUUCUCCCACCCUCUUCAAUGCUGGUACCCCUCAGGCCCAGCUCUCGUCAUGCUUCCUGGUUGACAUGAAGGACGACAGCAUUGAAGGCAUCUACGACAGCCUCAAGACUUGCGCUAUGAUCUCCAAGAUGGCAGGCGGUAUCGGCCUCAACAUUCAUCGCAUCCGUGCCACCGGAUCAUACAUUGCCGGUACCAAUGGUACCUCCAACGGCAUCAUCCCCAUGCUCCGUGUUUUCAACAACACCGCGCGCUAUGUUGACCAGGGUGGCAACAAGCGCCCCGGCGCCUUUGCCAUCUACCUUGAGCCUUGGCAUGCCGACGUCUUCGAGUUCCUUGACCUCCGCAAGAACCACGGCAAGGAGGAAAUCCGUGCCCGCGAUCUCUUCCUGGCCCUCUGGAUUCCCGACCUCUUCAUGAAGCGUGUCGAGAAGAACGGCGAGUGGACGCUGAUGUGCCCCAACGAAUGCCCUGGCCUUGCCGAUUGCUAUGGCGACGAGUUCGAGGCCCUGUAUGAGAAGUACGAGAAGGCUGGCCGUGGCCGUAAGACGAUCAAGGCCCAGAAGCUCUGGUAUGCCAUCCUCGAGGCCCAGACCGAAACCGGUAACCCCUUUAUGCUCUACAAGGACCACUGCAACCGCAAGAGCAACCAGAAGAACCUCGGCACCAUUCGCAGCUCCAACCUGUGCACGGAGAUCAUUGAGUACUCGGCGCCCGAUGAGGUCGCUGUCUGCAACCUGGCGUCGUUGGCCCUUCCUCAGUUCGUCGACUACAACCAGGGUGUGUACGACUUCCAGAAGCUGCACGAAGUCGCCCAAGUCGUCGUUCGCAACCUGAACAAGAUCAUCGACGUCAACCACUACCCGGUCCAGGAGGCUCACAACAGCAAUAUGCGUCACCGCCCCAUCGGCGUCGGUGUCCAGGGUCUGGCGGAUGCUUUCCUGGCGCUCCGCAUGCCUUUCGAGUCUCCCGAGGCCCGUGAGCUGAACAAGCAGAUCUUCGAGACCAUCUACCACGCGGCUCUGACUGCCUCGUGCGAUCUGGCAAAGGAGCAAGGCACAUACUCCACCUAUGAAGGUUCGCCGGUAUCCCAGGGCAUCCUCCAGUACGACAUGUGGAACGUCAAGCCGACCGGCCUCUGGGACUGGGACGCUCUCAAGGCCAAGAUUAAGGAGCAUGGUGUCCGGAACAGCUUGCUCCUCGCGCCCAUGCCGACCGCCUCAACCUCGCAAAUCCUGGGUAACAAUGAGUGCUUCGAGCCCUACACGUCCAACAUCUACCAGCGUCGUGUGCUGGCUGGCGAGUUCCAGGUUGUCAACCCCUGGCUCUUGAAGGACCUUGUUGACAUGGGUCUCUGGUCUGACAACAUGAAGAACCGCAUCAUCGCCGAUGGUGGUUCAAUCCAAAACAUCCCCAACAUCCCGGCCGAUACCAAGGCCCUCUACAAGACGGUUUGGGAAAUCUCCCAGCGCACCGUCGUUCAGAUGGCUGCCGAUCGUGGUGCCUUCAUCGAUCAAUCCCAGUCGCUCAACAUUCACAUGCGUGAGCCGAGCAUGGGCAAGAUCACCAGCAUGCACUUUACCGGCUGGAAGCUUGGUCUCAAGACGGGCAUGUACUACCUCCGCACCCAGGCUGCCGCCCAGCCCAUCCAGUUCACUGUGGAUCAGGAGGCGCUCCGCGUCCAGGACACCAACGUCGGCAAGACGUCGUCGGGCCUGAAGAAGCGCGGCCCUCCGGCCGGCAGCUACAUGUCGUCACCAUCGGCGGUGCCACGUCCCAUGGCGUUUGUCAAUAAGGAGAGCACGCCCAAGAGCAAUGGCGCCAACGGUGUUGCUACUCCCAGCACGCCCCCUCCCCUGUCCCCUACCGUCAGUGACGUCAAGGCUCGCAUCCUCGCCUCGCCGUCAAAGCCGCCUGCCUUCAAGGCUGACAUUGACGAGGGCGAAAGCCCCAAGACUCUGCCCACCGAGCCGACUGACAAGCCCAAGCCGGAGGACAUUGGGUCGCCCGUCCUCACUUCCAAGAAGGACACUGAGGACAAGGAGGACGAGAGCAAGGAGCGGGAGUUGGAUAUCUACUCCGAGGCCGUCAUUGCCUGCAGCAUUGAGAACCCUGAGGAGUGUGUGAUGUGCAGCGGUUAAGUGUGGUAACCCGAAUGUGGAUGAGGCAUGGCGCAAUGUAGUGUGACGAUGGGAUUAAUACCUGGCAUGAUUUGGUUUUACGGUUUAUGUUUUCCUUUUUAUGGAUCAUUAUUGGCAUAUGCGGACACCCUCACGCCGCGGGCCGUUCAUUGCAUGGACGGGCGUACACGGCGGAGAGGAGGGGCGUCAAUAGUUAUGCCCGAGGCUUUUUCUCGGGGCGGGUGUUGGAUCAUGGGUUUCUCGGUCUGUCUUCGACAUGUUUGUCCGAGCAUGUUUCUCUAGAUGUACCACCACAGCAACGGGCAGCGCAUGCGCGCACCGUUGCUUAGCCAUGCUGCGAGGUUGUCUAUUCAAUACCCCUUACAUAA